UCAAGGUCCCUGUGACCUUGACCUUUGACCCAGUGACCUCAAAAUCAAUAGGAGUCACCUUAUAGUCAUUAUCAACAUCAAUGCCAAAUAUGAAGACUGUGGGUCAAAGGAAAUUUAAGUUAAUGGGUGGACAAACAUUUUGAAGUCAAAGUUCCUAUGACCUUGACCUUUGAUCCAGUGACCUCAAAAUCAAAAAGGGUCAUCUACUAAUCAUGAUCAACAUCGAUGCCAAAUAUGAAGACUGUGGGUCAAAGGAAUCUAAAGUUAUUGGGCAGACAAACUAUUGAAGUCAAGGCCCCUGUGACCUUGACCUUUGACCUGGUGACCUCAAAAUCAAUAGGGGUCAUCUACUAAUCAUGACUAACCUCCAUGCCAAAUAUGAAGACUAAGGGUCAAAGGAAUCUUAAGUUAUUGGGCGGACAAGCUUUUUGAAGUCAAGGCCCCUGUGACCUUGACCUUUGACCUGGUGACCUCAAAAUCAAUAGGGGUCAUCUACUAAGCAUGACUUGCCUCCAUGCCAAAUAUGAAGACUAAGGGUCAAAGGAAUCUUAAGUUAUUGGGCGGACAAGCUUUUUGAAGUCAAUGCCCCUGUGACCUUGACCUUUGACCUAGUGACCUCAAAAUCAUUAAGGGUCAUCUACUAAUCAUGACUAACCUCCAUGCCAAAUAUGAAGACUGUGGGUCAAAGGAAUCAUAAGUUAUUGGUCGGACAAGCUUUUUGAAGUCAAGGCCCCUGUGACCUUGACCUUUGACCUAGUGACCUCAAAAUCAAUAGGGGUCAUCUACUAAUCAUGAAUAAUCUCCAUGCCAAAUAUGAAGACUAUGGGUCAUAGGAAUCUUAAGUUAUUGGGCGGACAAGCUUUUUGAAGUCAAGGCCCCUGUUACCUUGACCUUUGACCUCAAAAUCAAUAGGGGUCAUCUACUAAUCAUGACUAACCUCCAUGCCAAAUAUGACGACUGUAGGUCAAAGGAAUCUUAAGUUAUUGGGCUGACAAGGUUUUUGAAGUCAAGGCCCCUGUGACCUUGACCUUUGACCUAGUGACCUCAAAAUCAAUUGGGGUCAUCUACUAAUCAUGACUAACCUCCAUGCCAAAUAUGAAGACUAAGGGUCAAAGAUAUCUUGAGUUAUUCGGCGGACAAGAAAAAACCGACGGACGGCCGGACAGCCGGACGGACAAGCUGAUUCCAGUAUACCCCCCUUACAACUUUGUUGUGCGGGGGUAUAAAUAUCAUUUUAGGUGCCCACUCUGUGAAAUUAUAAUCUGAUAUUACAGGAAACUGCAAGAAUUAUCAUCUAUAUAAUUAACCAUAGUAUCAAGUUUCAAGGGGAAUUUGGUAACUUGCUCUAGGUAAUAGAGUUUAUUAUUUUUACAGAGCUUGUGUACAUGGGUAGUCCCCAGUAUGGAAUAAGAAUCCCAUCAGCACGACUAAGUGCUAUAGAAAAGGCAAGCAGCAGUGCAGGGAAAUUGGCACUUGGGCUUCUUGAGCUGAUAAUAAAUAAGGAAGAGUGUUCUAGCCUGUCCAUUUAUGAACAGUCUAAAGGAAAGGUCCCAAUGGAUGUCAAUAAAAGAAAGGCUCUGAGAAGUCAUGUGUUCAACAGAUACAACAUUGGUUCAGAAGCAGAAAAGGACAGACUAUGGACCCAGGAAAUUGUAACGAAAUUAAAUGAUAAAAUACGAGCAAUAAAAAAUAAUUAAUACAAAUUACAGAAUUAAACAAUGGCUAAUCUAGCUUUUCCCUAUCUUUCUUACAAAGUUUUGGGCCAGAUCCCCAAGAUUUCUUUUAUGUACCAUAAUUUUAGCCCAAAAAUUUCUUUAGUUUUGCCCUAA